AUGACAAAUUUCGUUUGCAAAGGUUUUCGUGCUGUCGGAAAAUGCCAAGGAGUCAUGUUCCGACAAACAGUGGUUAGGGGAAUGAGUAAUCAUGGAAUUAAAGGAGGAGCAAGCAAUGAUAAGAACAAUGAAAAUCUCGUGUGGAUCACUAUGGAAGGUGAUGAAGAUAAAAUCAAUGAAUUUGCCAAGAAAUUAAUUAACACAAAGCCAUUGAAUUCAUGGGGAGCACAAUUGGAAUCGCUUUCUGAAGUUCCGAAAAAUGAAAUUAUUGCUCUCGAAAAGCAUCAAGUGACAACCAACAAUGUGGAUACCUUUAAAUGGAAAAAGAAUGUGGAAUUUUAUUUGAAAUAA